ACAAAAUCUUCGUGUUGAGUGGCGUUUCUGGAUUCGCCUAUAAAACUGAAAUUGAAACUGGUAAGGAGAAUGUUGUCCUACAAGAAGAGCCUGAUUUAGGUGCAUCAUCCAACGUCGUCACAAGACUAGCGCGCAUUAUUCCAAGACACCAGAAUUUCCAGCUCUAUUUUGAUAAUUAUUUUACCUCUCUUCGUUUGUUGGAGUAUUUGGCUAAAGAAGGUAUCUACAGUCUUGGUACAGUGAGAAGAAAUAGAAUACCAGAUUGUAAAUUGCAACAAGAAAAGGAAAUCAUGAAAAAAGAACGUGGUUAUUCUGAAGAAUACGUAGCUGACGUGAACGGAAUUGAUGUGUCGACUGUUGCUUGGAAGGACAACAAAAUAGUCGUCCUUGCUUCAACUUUUGCUGGUCAAAAACCAGAAGCUGAUGUUCGUAGAUGGGACAAGCAAAAGUCAAAGUAUGUGACUAUAAAGCGACCCUAUGUAGUUGGAGAGUACAAUCGCCACAUGGGUGGAGUCGACCUCAUUGACAGCAUCAUGGGAAUCUAUAAGAUACGGCUACGUAGUAAACGAUGGCAGGUGCGCUUGUUCUACCAUUAUCUCGACCUCACGAUGGCUAAUGCAUGGUCUGGCGACGAAAAGUAUUCUCAUUUAGCAGAAGCUGAUAUACAAAAAGUAGUAGAUGCAUCUAAGAAUGCAUUGAAUUGGCUAGAAAAUGCUCGCCAAGCUCUUGCACAUACCCCUCGGUAUCAACAGCCUCCACACACAACACACCAAAUACGGCAGGAGAGACAGAACUUUGAGAGCAUUGUAAACCCGGUUCUGAACAAGCCGAAGCCGAAGCCUAAGGAGAAAACUCCUCCUCCAGCAAAUAAUACAGCUGGAGAUGCCCAGCCGGCUGCCAACCAAGAUACGCAGUCGCAGGCUCAGCAGCAAUCCCAGGAACAAAUGGACGUCGAAUAA